GCCAGAUCCGACCUUGUGCAAUGUAUUUCAAAACAGACAAGAUGGAAAGCCUAGAGAGAGCGGGCAGUGAUGCCAUCAUGUCAGUAACACAAGGAGGAAACAAUUACAGGGUUUGCUACAGUUGUCAUUCUAGCCUAGAGGAGCUCAAAACCUUCGUUCAGUACUUUUUACCAAAGAGAAUAAUACCAUGUGCUAUACCAUCCAGCUCCAGUAGGGAGGAAGUAGCGAAGAUCCUGUUAUCCUUCCUAAACCCGGAGAAAAAGGAUGAGGAGGAAGAGGAGGACCCCAACCAGUCCCAGAUUAUCUCAAACCAAGUUCAGCAGUUCACAGAGUUCUCUCAAGUUAAUGUUCCGCCAAGGGACUCAGGAUCAGAAUUUGACUCCUUCGACUGGUUUAAUGAUUUAUCAGAGAAAAAGAAUAUUGAGAAUAAGAAUACAUCUGCCGAGAAAUUCAGGAUUUCAUUCGAUAAUACUGUUACGAUAAACUUGCGACGUGAUGGAGGGGAAAGUACUGAUGACGAAAUAGAGGAUUUUGAUGAAAGAAUGGAGGAGAAUGAGGAGAAGGAAGAGAAAAGGAGAAACCUAGUGGUUGGAUCCUGGAGCAGUAUUGAGAUCAUUCCAGGAAUAAUUCAGGAAUCCUCGGAUUGUGAGGCUGAGGUUAAUAUUUGUACUAUUACGCCAACAUCAUUUAAAGGAGAGGAAGUGUUCUCUGAAACUACGAAGGUUUCUUCCCUGAGCAGGAGGAAAAAGUUUGCCCGGAGUAAGACGGAUAAGACCUACUACUCUAUGCCGGUACACCCGGAUACUGAAAUGGAAGCCAAUCAUCCUAAGGAAAGAAGAUCUUCAAUGCCAAGCAAUAUGAAACUACCGCUUAUCAAGGUUACCCCCUCCUCCCCCAGUAUAGACUUCAAUCAUCCAGAUUAUCCGGAAUUUUUCCAAGAUAAACUUUACCUGGAGCACGUUGGGAAACCAUUGAGUGGCGGAAAGAAAGGAGAAGGAUGUAAUGAUGGAAGGAGUAGAGAAGGGAGUAGGGACUCGGAGCUGAAUCUGAAACUUAGUGAAGACACCGAUGAAAAUUCUAGCCUGGACCAUCCUGCAUGCUCUGCUGAUGCUACUUCUUCAUACCCUGCUGCUGCUACUCCUGCAUACCCUGCUGCUGAUACUCUUACGUCUGGUUGUAUAACUUCUAGCUGUGCUUCUGCUCCUGCUUCUGUAUGUCUUGCUCCCACUGUUCCUGUAAGCACUGCUGCUUCUCCACCUACGGGCCAUGCUUCUGUUUCCCCUGUUUGUGAGAAAGAUAAUGACCUAGAUUCUCCUAAUGAUGUUCGCAGGUUUAAAAGACAACUGAGUGUGUUUAACCAGCCUGAGGAAGACGACUGUCUUAUCUACAAAAAGCAGAAAGUCUAUGACGGGGUUCAGGGCCCUAAUUCAAGUCCAAAUACUCGGGAGGACCAAACUGUAAAUUCGAACAAUCAAGGCAAUUCAGCAAAUAUCAAUCUUCUCGAGAGCCAGAACAUAUUUGAAACUGAUGAAAGUCAAGAUAUGUUCCUUCAAAAGAGUCAAGAUAUUCUUCAAGAAAGUCAAGACAUGUUUAACCCUAAAGAAAGUCAAGAUAUGUUUAACUCUCAAGAAAGUCAAGACAUGUUUAACUCUCAAGAAAGUCAAGAUAUGUUUAACUCUCAAGAAAGUCAAGAUAUGUUUAACUCUCAAGAAAGUCAAGAUAUUUUGAAUGACCCGAUUAGUCCUGAUGCCCGUUAUCUAGUCAAGAGUCAAACUAAACAAAUGCAGGAUAGUCGUGAUGUUAUAAUAAUUGAUGAUAGUCAAGAAACUACCCAGGUUCAAGAAAGUCAAGUUAUCCUUGAUUUAAACUACAGUCAUGAAAGUACCGAAAAUUUACUGGAUGGAAAAGAAUGUUUGAAACGAAAGCCUGAUGCUAACCUCAACCAUGACACUUUUGAACCAAAGAAGAAACAAAAGAAAGAUUCGAAUGUGAAAUAUAACCCAGAACAGUUAGAUUCCUCAACUCACCCAGUAGAAAUAAUUCACAACACUGUGGAACUAGAAUCUCUGAAUGAUCUGAAUGAUAUGGAAAAUAAAGAAGUAAACCAGAAGGAAGCAAAGAAUAUGAAGGAAGAUCAUGACGAUAAGGAUGAACAUGAGGAUGGCAAGGAAGAUGAUGAAGAUGACAAGGAUCCUCCUGAUCUUGAUUUUCUACUCCGUGAAGCAGAGGAGAAAAACUAUCCCGAGCAUGUCAUGAGAAACUUUAGAUAUAUGGACGAGUGCCGUAAGAACAUAAUUCAGAUUGACUAGAAAAUCACUAAUAACUAAAAUAUUUAUUUUAGUGUUAACAAUUUUGUUGUUAGAUGUUUAACUUAAAGUAAAUUAACUGUGAUCAAAAUGUAAGAUAAGAACUUGUAAUUAGAAACUGAGCUUAUAUAAUUGACACGACAAAAACACUGUUCUUUGUAUUUUCUGUAUCUAAUACUCAACAGUCAACACUAUCUUUUCUGUUUUGUUAUUCAAAGAUACCAAUUUGCAAUUUGCAUCAUUCAAUAUUCAAAUUGUUGCGUUUUUUAUGAGAAUAUUGAAGUGUUUCACAGAAACUGAUCUCGAUAUUGAACGAACCUAAUCUCUGUGGUAUUCAACUAAACUUUUAUAUUAUGUUUCUUAUUGAUGUACGUCUGAAUUCAAUAUUCAUGUCUAAUCAAUGUUUUUUUUUCAGA